AAAACAAAGCUUUUCAUCAUCCUCAAAGGCAAGGAUCGUCGCCAUAUUUGAUCCGAGUUUUGAGGAUAGCACAAUUUCAUGGGUUGCGGUCAUGCUGUAGAUAUGACUGAAACUCGCUAGAAUUUCGCGUGCGCCAAACCCGAGGAAUAAAGCUGUUUUUCUGAUAGCUGUUCCAGCUAUCAACAAAUAAAUGUGUAUUAAUAAGUCAAGUCAUCCAAAAUGGCUAUGAUGGAUGAUGCUGCACAACGCAUGAAGUAUCAGUACCAGCCUUACGAGCAAACCCAUGAAAGGGAUUUCAGGUUGCUCGAAGAUAGAAGGCAAAAACUGAUAGAUAUGAUUCAGAGAAAUCCUCCUGAAAAAAUGCAACUUCAAGUUCAGCUUAGAGCUGUUGAGCAAGAAAUGCAAAAUCAGAAGCAUAUGAUGGCAAAGCAAGGCCAGCAGGGAUAUAAUGUGCCAGGACAAAUGAGCAAGGAACAACAGACAGCCAUGUGGGCACAAGGUGGCUAUGUGGAUUCUGGUAUCCAAUCUGGAUACACUACUGCUGCACCUUCAGUCAAAGGAGGUAUUCCUGAUGAUGAAGACAUGGGGACACAGUAUACAUUUGAGUGGGAAACUGGCUUUGGAAGUGAGCAUAUGGAUGCUAUGAAUGACCAGUUCAAUUCAACCAGAAGCUACCGUGUGAGAGCUGCCAUGUUUCCUGAGACAGUGGAUGAAGCAAUGGAAAUACCUUCAACACAGCUAGAUCCUGGCAACCCAACUGCAGUUCAGCGACUUGCCGAACCAUCACAGCUGUUGAAAAAUGCUGUGGUUGAUUUAAUCAACUACCAGGAUGAUGCUGAUGUUGCAACAAAAGCCAUUCCUGAACUUGUUAGACUUCUUGGUGAUCCUAAUCCUGCUACUGUGAAGCAAGCAGCGGUUAUGGCUCACCAGUUGUCAAAGAAGGAGGCAAGCAGGCAUGCUAUUAUGAACAACCCAAACAUUGUAGCUGCUUUGGUUAGAUGCUCAACUAGCUCCAACGAUACAGAAACUGUCAAGUGUGCAGUUGGAGCUCUACAUAACCUAUCUCACCACAGGCAAGGCUUACUGGCGAUUUUUAAAUCUGGUGGCAUUCCAGCUUUGGUUCGUUUAUUGAGCUCCCCAAUUGAAGCUGUUCUCUUCUACGCAAUUACAACACUACAUAACCUUCUGCUACACCAAGAGGGUGCUAAGAUGGCAGUCAGAUUGGCAGGUGGCCUUCAGAAGAUGGUUGCUCUUUUGCAAAGAACAAAUGUGAAAUUCCUUGCAAUUGUGACAGACUGUUUGCAAAUUCUUGCUUAUGGUAACCAAGAAAGCAAGCUGAUCAUCCUUGCAUCUGGUGGGCCUGCUGAGUUGGUACGCAUUAUGAAGAGCUACACCUAUGAGAAACUAUUGUACACAACUUCCAGGGUGCUCAAAGUGCUGUCUGUAUGUUCCAGCAACAAACCGGCUAUUGUCGAGGCUGGAGGCAUGCAGGCUCUUGCCAACCAUCUUUCACAUCAAAGCAACAGACUUGUUCAAAACUGUCUUUGGACCCUAAGGAACUUGUCUGACGUUGCCACAAAGCAGGAUGGCUUGGAUGGACUGCUUCAAAUGCUCGUUCAGCUUCUUUCUUGCAAUGACAUCAACGUUGUUACCUGUGCAGCCGGAAUAUUAUCAAACUUGACAUGCAACAACCCACGAAACAAGCAAGUCUGCUGCCAAGUUGGUGGAAUUGAGGCGCUUGUGAGGACCUGUUUGCAAGCUGGUGAUCGAGAGGAAAUUACUGAGCCUGCUGUCUGUGCAUUACGUCAUCUGACAAGCCGUCACCCAGAUGCUGAAGUGGCACAGAAUGCUGUCCGCCUACACUUUGGAUUGCCAGUUUUGAUCAAAUUGUUAAACCCACCGUCAAGAUGGCCUCUAAUCAAAGCAGUCAUUGGAUUGCUUCGUAACUUGGCAUUGUGCCCAGCAAAUCACUCUCCAAUUAGAGAACAAGGAGGUCUCCCUAGGCUAGUUCAGUUGCUGAUGAAAGCCUACCAAGACAUCAAACGUCGUGGUCCAGGAACACAGAGCAUGCAAGACGGUGUACGAAUGGAGGAAAUAGUUGAAGGAACCGUUGGAGCAUUGCACAUUCUUGCAAGAGAGGCCCAUAACAGAAAUAUCAUACGUGGAUUGAACUGCAUCCCUACCUUUGUUGAAUUGCUGUAUUCAGACGUUGAGAACGUAGUGAGGGUUGCUGCUGGUGUUCUCUGUGAGUUGGCCCAAGACAAGGACGGUGCUGAUGCUAUCGAAAGAGAAGGUGCCACGCAGAUACUGACAGAGCUCCUGCACUCUAGAAACGAAGGCAUUGCGGCAUAUGCAGCAGCUGUUUUGUUCAGGAUGUCAGAAGAUAAGUCACAAGACUACAAGAAAAGAUUAUCUGUGGAACUGACCAGCUCCCUAUUCCGUGAUGAUAUGCCGUGGGAACCUGGAGAUACGCAGAUGGCUGAUAUUCUGACUGCCCAGACCUACCAAGAUGAAUUGUACACCCCUGCAUCACAGACACCCCAGCCUGCCCCUCAGUACCACCAGCAACAGUAUGAUCCAAACUUUGCGUACAUGCAGCAGCAGCAGCAACAACAGCAGCAGCAGCAGCAACCACAACAAGGUGGACAUGCCUGGUUUGAUACUGACCUCUAGUCUGUAGACAUUUGUCCUUUGAACUUUGAAACUUUUAGCAUAGUGACUCUGCGUAAAGUGAAUGGUAACUUUAUGUCUUCUUUAUUGUCUAAGAAGUACAUGACGUCAUAGGAUAGCCGUGUCGAAGAUGAUAAUUUUCAAAUUACGCAUCGUUUUUAUUAAUUUUCUUGAGUUGUAACCAAAGAACACCUUGUAAUGUCUUCGGUAUUUUGUUUCUAAGCGUGACAUGUUGUGCUGAUUGUCAGCUAAGCAUGCUAUGCAUCUUAAGUUUAAUUUUAAUACUGAAUCGAGCCAAGUUUUUAUUGCUUAAGGACAAGAUUAUACCUAAAGGCUCCUCUUUCUCGAAUAUACCUGAAGAGCAUCAAUCUCCGUUAUUUAGCUAUGCAACUUUCAAUCGAAUGCUAUUCCUUUACUGUUUUGAACUUACCUUCUUUACAACGUGAUGAGCUGUUAUGUGACUUCCGAUCAGUGUUCCAAAGAGAAAGAGAGGCCUUUUUAAAAUGGUAGCUGUUUGCACGAAACCAGUAGAUAUUUUAGAUCUAGUUGUUUUAUUUGCAUUGUAUUUCUUUGUAUAAUUUAACAUUUUAGAAUUUUUACUCGUCUUCUUGCACAAAACUCUACGGUUCCCCUUGAUAAGCUUCUUGUAACAUAGGGUAACUAAAUUUUUAUUAUUUAUCUGAAAUUAGUUUUUCUUUUGUCUUACGAGUGAACUUUUUAUCUGUCGAUUAGUAUCUAUUGAGAUUUGCGUAGAUGUAAGUCAUUUAUUAGCCCUGGUUUAGAAGAUCACAGUCGAGUUCCGUUUUGCCGUCAAAUCUGUUUUGCAUCCUCUGCUCAACUUCAUACAAUUCUUCGUUUCAAUCCAAAGUGUUUUGCAACUGUUGGCUAUGCAGUAACUAGGUCAACGUUGAUCUUGUACAGGCUUGGUUUGUUUUACUGUUAAGCUGACAAUGGAAACAAUCAUCGAGAGUUUUGACGGUGCACCAAAGUUGAUUCAAUUGAAAUAACUCUUUUGCCGCCUCACAUCACUCACCAUUUCACUUCUUCCAUUUAACUCCUGGACUAUCUGUUACCUGUAGUCGACGUUGUUUUUCUUUUGAUAUUAUGCAUAAAUGUGCUUUUCUAUUUUCUCUAAAGGAUUUCGGUUGCGUGGUAUCGUCUGUUCAUCUGUCAAACUCGGGCAUGUUCGUUUGUUUUUCACGUUUUGUAGCUUAGCAGUUUGCGAAAGUAUUAGGGUAAUUUAUGGUGUAGAUACCAGUCAAAUGAGAAUACUUAACUUGUUUAAUUCUUGAUAAAACGAAUAAAAUCCAA